AAAUGAAAGAAAAUGAAGAAAAGAAAAAGAAAAAGAGGGUAAGGAAUAGUGUCCCCUUUCCUUGCACAUAAACCGAAUCAAAUGAUGGUAUUGAAAAUGGCAGCAACGGUAGGAAGGGUGAUCACCAUCACCACACUGAAAUCACACCCCAUUUCUCUUUUAAAUCACCAUCAAGCCAAACCCAACAAUCAUCACACAUUUCUUCGAUUCCCACAUUCUUCAUUUCAUCUUCUAAUACUUAAUAAAAAUAAUAAUAUGUCUACUUCUUCUUCUACUGUUCCUCCACCCGAUAAUCCUUCAUCAUCACCACCCAUUAAAACUGUCAAGGUGAUGAUCAAGGGUAGGGUCCAGGGGGUGUUUUACCGUGACUGGACCGUGCAGAACGCAAAUGAGUUGGGUUUGAAAGGCUGGGUUAGGAACCGCAGGGAUGGUUCCGUGGAGGCUUUGUUUUCAGGGGCUGCUGAUAAGGUUGGGGAGAUGCAGGAGCGGUGUCGUAGAGGACCACCGUCUGCGAUGGUUACUGGGCUUAAUGUGAAUCCUUCUACCGAGGAUCCAGGUACAGGGUUUGAACGUCGCUCAACUGCUUGAUAAAUGCUUUAAGCCUGUCUGCUUAGUUUAAGCUCUUAUGAAACUGCCCGCUUUACAUUGCAUCUUGAAAACUCAAGUUAUUUUACUUAUGUCAUAAUAUCCGACAAACAUACUUUCGGAUUGAUGGAUUAUGUAAUAGAAUUAUGUAGUUUGAGGCAUCUGAAUUUAGGUAUAACAGCCUGAUGUACAUACAUGAUGAUAGAGUGUUAUGAUGAUAUUUUACGUGCUGAAAGAAUGUAGCUGCAAUUAACAAGGAUGUUUGUAUUGUUACUUUUGUUGUUCUGUUAAUGUAUAUGUCUGAUAUAUGUUAGUAUAUAUUAUUGGCAGCA